AUGUCUGCCGCAACCCACACCCACGAUGGCGUGCACCAGCACUCGCACGAGUUCAACGCCGCUGAGCACGGCCACAGUCAUGAGAUCCUCGACGGGCCCGGCAGCUACCUCAACCGUGAGAUGCCAAUUGUUGAAGGCCGGAACUGGGCCGACCGAGCCUUCACUGUUGGCAUUGGCGGCCCCGUCGGAUCCGGCAAAACCGCCUUGAUGCUCGCCCUCUCGCGCGUUUUCCGGACCAGCCACUCGGUGGCGGCGGUGACCAACGACAUCUUCACGCGGGAGGACGCCGAGUUCCUGACGCGGCACCGGGCGCUGCCCGCGGAGCGGAUCCGCGCCAUCGAGACGGGCGGGUGCCCGCACGCGGCCGUGCGCGAGGACAUCUCGACCAACCUGGCCGCGCUCGAGGACCUGCACGCCCAGUUCGCCACCGACCUCCUGCUGAUCGAGUCCGGCGGCGACAACCUCGCCGCCAACUACUCGCGCGAGCUGGCCGAUUAUAUUAUUUACGUGAUUGAUGUCAGUGGCGGGGACAAGGUCCCCCGGAAGGGUGGGCCGGGCAUCACCCAGAGUGAUUUGUUGGUGGUGAAUAAGACGGAUCUGGCGGAGGCUGUGGGCGCGACGACUUGGGGGUGA